AUGGAUCCUAGAAUGAAAAACACAAAUGCAAUGAUGCAAGGUUGUGGACGGGCUAAUCGAAACGAGACCGGUCUAGCACUCCAUCAACAACAACCCGCUCGACCACAACAUCGUCACCAACCCAUUGCUCGGCAGCCACAACCACUAAUGCGACCACAUCGUCAUCACGUAGUCGUUGACCCAUUUCAUGCGAGUGGGUCGAGCUCACAACAAUACUAUCGACCCGAGCCAAUUACACCUCUAACACGAAACUCUAUUUCUCAACCCAAUCAGUCUGAAUCUUAUUCUCUCGAUAAUUUCGUGCUACCUGGUGCCAAUGAGUUCAACCCUAUUACAGACUUCGUUCAGAAUGGUGUUCUAUUGGAAGGUGAACACGAAGAAGAUGCCAUGCCCGAAACUCAAAUGGAGGACCCACUAGACAAUGAAGUUCAAGAGAUUCAAGCACAAGACAUUGGUGUUCCAAAGCGAAUAUACAGGAAUAGAGCGCCGAAACAACCUUGGUCGUCGGGUGAGGAGGAAACUUUAGCGCAAGCGUGGAUUCAAAUCUCCACAUGUAAACAAAUCGGGAAUGAACAAAAUGCUAGUUUUUUUUGGAAACGGGUUUCGGAACAUUUCAACAAAACCAUGGGUAAUGAGAACCGAACCCAUUAUCCUCUAACAACAAAAUGGAGGGAAUUGAAUGGAGCAUUGGGGUUGUUUAACGGAUUGCACCACCAAGUGACACGUCUUUGGCAAAGCGGUUGUAACGAUCUUGAUGUCUUCAACAAUGCGUGCGAGUUGUUUAAGAAAAAAAACGACAAAGAUUUUACUCAUAAUCGUGCUUGGGAGGUGGUCAAAAAACAUGCUAAGUGGUUGGAACAAAAAAACGUCCAAGAUGAGCUUUCAAACCAUGACAAGCGAAGGAAGUCAAUCGAAUCGGGCCAAUAUGAGUCGACUAGCAAUGAUGACCCAAUUUUACCGAAUCUUAAUGAAGACUCAUCGCCUCCCAUUGAUAACCGAUCAAUAAAAGGAAAAAAACCCGUUGGUGAAUCGUCAUCCAAGUCAAGUGUCAACAAUAUUGUUCAAGAGUACACGACGAAGAAAGCUCAAUUGUUAGACGAGAACGCAUUGUUGCAUCAAAAAGCCUAUGAAAAAUACAUUGAGGAAAAGGAAGAAAAAAAACCAACUAAUCGACACGAAGCAACAAAAUGA